AAAAUGAAUAAGAGAGACGAGAGGAGCUGAUGCUAUGCUAACCCGUUAGCACGAGGCAAAUUUGAGCUCAUUGCGACUUGUUGUUGCAGGACAAAGAAAUUGACGUCAAGUCGCCGCCAUCAUCUGAAGAGUUUGAUGCUUCAGAUCGCCGCCAACUGGAUCGAGCAGGAAAAGAAAGACCUCGAGGUAGCCAAGGAGGCCUACAUGGCCGAGAUGUGCCCCAAACCCAACGUCAGCGGGGACGUGGCCAGCCUGGUGGAUAUCUGCAAGAAGCUUCAGACGAACAUCGACAAGAUCGACGACGCUCGCUACGACAUCGAAUCCAAAGUGUUGAAGAUCGAAAUUGAGAUCCAGGACCUGAAGCUGAAGGUGGUGGAACUGGCGGGCGUCAAGAAGCCGGCGCUGAAGAAGGUGCGCAUGUCGGCCGACGCCAUGUUGCAGGCGCUGCUGGGGGGCAAACACAAGACCACCAUCGACCUCCGGUCCAACCUCAAGCAGGUCAAGAAGGAGAUCAAGGAGGAGCCCACAGAGGCCGUCGGAGACUGGCGCAAGAACAUCGAGGACAAGGCCGACAGGAAGAAGAUGUUUGAGACCUCCUAGAAGCAAAAACAAUAAACCGC